AUGCGUAGCCCCCUCCCCGACUCCAGCGCACUCGAAGCCGGCCUCGUCGAAGACGAAAGAGCAACGCGCCUCUCUCGCGUCCAAGACAACGUCCGCAAUCUUCUCCGCAACUCAAUAAUAGGCUCCGUCCGAUCCUCGUUUGCCAGAAUCUCGCCACUGCACGCGCGGACGACGGUCGAGGAUUCGCCACGUUCACCACUACAAUCACCAUUACGCCCCUCACCACCUCAUGAGCACAUCCAGAUUGCACACGGUGUCCUGGCUAGCCCAUCGUCCUCGGCCUGCAGAAGUGACAGCAACAGCGACAGCCCCACACCAAUACAUGAGCACGAUCUCGAGCGCAGCCUCUUCCCGCCAAUCUCCUACCAGGACCAGAUGACCCACCAGUCGAGCCUGUUCAACACACGGGCGGUAGCCGCGCUCGACCAUCCCGACUUGACCGACCCAUCCUUAGCAAUCCUGAUCCAGCAGAAAACAGAAGACCGGCAUAAACGCGCCUGGAAACGAUCCCGGAAUCGAAAGAUGAGGUAUGCCAGUGCCAGACACAGCAAAGCCUCGAUCGCAUUAUGUAUCUCGGCAGGGCUGUUGCUUGCCGGUAUUGUCGCCACGUACCUCGCAUUCGCCACCUCCCAAACCAUGACCUCGACCUUCCACAUCCUCUUCAUCUUGGCCAUCCUCCUCGCCACAAUCGGCUUCGUACACGCGCUCGUCCGAAUUUGCCUCUUUAAGCCAAGCUUACAGCCUUCGCCACGAUUAUGCGUGGUAGCAGACGGAAGGCUGAAGCGACGAAGGCGACAUCGACACCACAACCACCACCAUCAUGAACGCCAGAUGCCUACGGUAUCCGACGACACAGCGGACUUCGUACCUACGAUGCCCAUUCCAGUCCAUCUAGCGUCAGACGCCGAAGUGCGACCAGAUUCCCGCGAAGCCGGACCCAGCGUAAGCGCCAAUCGCGCCUCACGAAUAAUCCUCGCGGAAAGCGAAUUCGCAACCAAAAAUCUCGACGUCGAGCUCCCUAAACCCCCUCCAGCCUACGGCCGCUGGCGUGGUAGCGUCCGAGCAGAUCCAGAACUCCUGCACUGGUGCGCCAUCCCUUCGCUGGUAGACGCAAGUGUCCCUGCUAUGCCCUCACCUACGUAUGAGGAAGCUAUGGCUGCUGCGACUGCCGCGGCCGGUGUGGGUAGUGGAGAUGAGCAGGAGAGCAGAACCGGGCCUCCUAGCUAUGUUACCAGGGAGUCUCCUGCUAGGCGGAGAGAUGAUGAUGUCGUGCAUGAGGCUAGAGUUGUCGAAUUAGCGCAGGCGCAGUGGGUUGAGCCGGAGAUGAUCCAGGGAAUUGGGAUAGGUCGAGCUGCCUAG